AUGGAACCGGUAAUGGCUACUUUUACUCUUAAACAAGGACGAGACGUCACUACAAUGCUUAAAUCUGACUCAAUUUGGUACUUCAUUGUAUUGGUGUAUAUUUUUCAAACUACCGUUACUAGAGCAAGUCCUGCUGUCGAUUAUAAAUUUACGAGAACAAACAAUGACGAUUUACAAAAAUGUCUUUCAUUGUCAUUGCCAUCAUCGAUACGCACUGUUUAUCCAUGUAAUACAUUAACAAAUCAAAAUAGUUCUCAAUAUCAAUGUGAACAAUUCAAUGUUAUUAGACUGUCGAGUAUUCAUGGCGGUCGAAUUUCUCAUUCACCUGCUGUUAUUGUUUAUGUAUCCAAUAGUACCGAUGUUCAGAACGUGGUUAAAUGUGCAACAAAACUGGAUUAUUUUGUUAAUGCAUUGGCAGGUGGCCAUAGUUAUGAAGGAUAUGGCUUAGGAUCAAUGUACAACAAUAUAAUUAUUAACAUGGAGGCCAUUAAUUACAUCAAUAUAAAUCAACUCGAUAGAACUGCUGCAUUUGGAGCUGGUUUAAGACUCGGUCCAAUCUAUUACAGGACAUAUGAAUCUAAUAACUAUACAAUUAAUGGUGGAUCUUGUGUAUGGGUAGGUUUAGCUGGUCAAGCACUUGGUGGUGGUUAUGGUUAUCUCUCUCGAUUAUAUGGAUUACUAACUGACAGUAUUUUGGAAAUGAAAGCUGUUAAUGCUCAAGAUGAAUUAUUAACAAUAAAUGAAACUCAUGAACCCGAUUUAUAUUGGGCAUUACGUGGUGCCGGUGGAGGUUUGUUUGUUAUUGUAACAGAAUUUAAAUUUCGAUUAGUUAAAUCUCCUUCACUUGUGACAACUUUAUCGUUGGCAUGGCAUGCCAAUGCAACUAAAUUAGUAGUGCAACAGUAUCAAUCAUUGUUAUUUAAUAACCAAAUAUUCAACUUAAGUAACAAUAUUUUUUGGCAACUGCAUGUAAAUAAAAAUCUUACAGACAUUUCAAUAACUAAUUUUGGUAUGGAAUUAGAAGAGUUUAAUCAAACUAUAUCGUUAUUUUUAGCAACGUUACCAACUCCAAAUAAAACUGAGGAACGUAAACGAGAUUGGUUAAGUUAUGUUUAUGAAAGCUCAGGCAUUGAUAAUCUUAGCGGUGAUCAUCGACAAUUAUUACUUGAAAAUUUAACAUAUCCAACAUUUUAUUUUAAAGCCAAACAUUUAUUCUAUGACCAACCGAUAAGUGAUCAUAGUCUCGAUCGAAUGAUUGAUCGAUUAGCAUUAGCUGAAGGUCAAAUUUCUAUGUCAUUUAGUCCUUGGGAUGGUUAUAUAAAUACAAUUCCAGUUGAUAAAACAGCAUUUCCACAUAGAAAUUAUAAAUUUGGUAUUCAGUUUUUGGUUUAUCCGAAUGAUGAACAAGAUCAACAACAAAAAAUGAAUUCGUUAAAUGAAAUAUAUUUGACUAUCUACAAUGAUUCAACAAAACAUUCAUAUAUUAAUUAUAUUGACAGAGAUGUACCAGAUUGGAUCAAUGCUUAUUAUCAUACAAAUCAACAAAGAUUAAUCUAUAUUAAACAUAUUUAUGAUAAGAAUAAUCGAUUCUAUUUUGAAAGAACAAUACAAUCAAAUGGUGGAUGUCGACUCCCGUUUCUGAGCGUUCAUUUUAUAAGCUUCAUUAUAUUUUUAUAUUUUAUUAUGUAG